AUGUCAACCACACCCGCCGCCGCGGCGUCCACGCCGCGCUUCUCCAAGGGCUCCGACGAGUCUUCCCUCUCCUCGACGCUCCAGACGCUGCUGGGACAGGGACGGGGCUGGACGUUGGUCAAUGACGGCGAGGCCGUUGAGCGGAGCUUCAAGUUCAAGAACUUUGCAAAGACAUGGGUCUACAACACAACCUUUAUCCGAUGGACGACACACGUUCCAAAGGGCCUGUCAGACAAGGACCUCAAGCUCGCUCUCAUCUGCGACGCGCUGGCAAAGGACUUUGGUGAGGUUGAGGUGCCGGCUUCCGAAGCCUCCACCGGCGAGGGAGAGACUGUCAGCUGCGGUAUCCGAGGCCUGGCUGACAAAGCGGCGGGUACGGCUGGAGACUGCUGCACGCCGAAGAAGUGA